GUGUGCGUGCUGUGGGGUGUGCAUGCUGUGGGGUGCAGCGAGUGGGAGAUCUCGUGCAGGUGUGCCAGGCUCCCUGGUGCAUUGCAGACAAGCAUGACUGCACAUGUGCAGGUGUCUUUGCAUGUACCAGCCAUGCACAGUAGAGGAGAUGAGGGCUGGAGGGCACCGACGUGCUCUGCCAGCCCCUGCCCCUCGUGCUCUGAGUUGUGGUGGUGCUUUGGGAGCACCCAUCCCCUCUCCCUGCUGGUGCGUCAGCUCUGCCAGCCCGCACGUGGGCACGUGUCUGUGUGCAUGGGUGCACACCAGCGUGCAGAUAUGCAUCUGAGAGUGCAUGUGCAUGCAAGCGUGGCUGUGUGUGCGAGCAAUGUGUGGGUAUGCUGGGCAGCACCAGGGCAGGCACACGGCUGCACGGGCAGGGCUGGGGCUGCGUCAUCCCACGGCCCCCCCUUAAGCGAGGCCUGCUGGGGGCUGGGGUGGUAUAGGGAGAGCCUGCACUAUGCCUGCGGCUCCUGGUGAGCUCAGGGUGUGCAGGAGCAGCCCUGCAGCAGUUCAGCUGUCCCGGUGCUGUGCCUCAGUUUCCCCAUCUCUACUGCGUUUGCUGGUUCCCGGGCUGGUACUCAGGUUCUCUGCCCUGCACCAUGCGGCACUCAAUGGGAACACAGAGCUCAUCUCGCUGCUGCUGGAGGCACAGGCUGCUGUGGACAUCAAGGAUAACAAAGGCAUGCGGCCCCUGCACUACGCGGCUUGGCAAGGCAAGAAGGAGCCCAUGAAGAUGGUGCUGAAGGCGGGGUCCUCUGUGAACAUCCCGUCAGAUGAGGGACAGAUCCCCCUGCACCUGGCUGCACAGCACGGGCACUACGACGUGUCUGAGAUGCUCCUGCAGCACCAGUCCAACCCCUGCAUCAUGGACAAUUCGGGGAAGACACCCCUGGACUUGGCGUGCGAGUUUGGCCGGGUUGGAGUGGUCCAACUGCUCCUGAACAGCAACAUGUGCGCGGCGCUGCUGGAGCCCAAGCCAGGGGACACCACCGACCCCAAUGGCACCAGCCCCCUGCACCUGGCAGCCAAGAAUGGACACAUCGACAUCAUCCGGCUCCUGCUGCAAGCUGGCAUUGACAUCAACCGGCAAACCAAGGCAGGCACGGCCCUGCACGAGGCGGCCCUGUGUGGCAAGACAGACGUGGUGCGGCUCCUGCUGGAUAGUGGAAUCAACGCCCAUGUCCGGAACACGUACAACCAGACGGCUCUGGACAUUGUCAACCAGUUCACCACCAGCCAGGCCAGCAAGGAGAUCAAGCAGAUGCUGCGGGAUGCCUCGGCUGCGCUGCAGGUGCGGGCUGUCAAGGAUUACUGCAACAACUAUGACCUGACCAGCCUGAACGUGAAAGCUGGAGACGUCAUCACCGUGCUGGAGCAGCACGCAGACGGGCGCUGGAAGGGCUGCAUCCAUGACAAUCGGACCGGCAAUGACCGCGUGGGCUACUUCCCCUCCAGCCUCGUGGAAGCCAUAAGCAAGCGAACAGGGUCCCGCGGGGCCGACAUGAGCCCGUCCCACCUCUCACCAUCGCAGGGUGGAUCGGCCGCGCCCGCACCCACCGAGGAGAUCUGGGUGCUGAGGAAACCCUUCACAGGUGGUGACCGCAGCAGCCUGGGUAGCACGGGCAGCGUGGCCUCAGCCCGCAGCUCAGGGAGUGGGCAGAGCACGGGCAGCGGGGCGCAUGCCCUGCACGCUGGCUCCGAGGGCGUCAAGCUGCUGGCAACGGUCCUUUCCCAGAAGGCUUCUGCGCAAGAUGCUGCCGUGGGCGAUGGGCCGGCCAAGGCGCAGGACAUCCCCGCAGGCUCGUCGCGGUCGCAGAGUGUGGCCAGCUCCCCCUAUGCCCCCCAGCCGCCUGCCGAGCAGCAGCUGAAGAAGAUGGAGCCGCCGUCAGAGGGGAAGAGCUCAGAGGCUGUGUACCAGUGGUUGUGCAAGUUCCAGCUGCAGCUUUACGCACCCAACUUCAUCAAUGCUGGCUACGACAUCACCACCAUCAGCCGGAUGACGCCAGAGGACCUCACGGCCAUCGGUGUCACCAAGCCGGGGCACAGGAAGAAGAUUGCCUCUGAGAUCAAUAACCUCAACAUCCCCGAGUGGCUGCCCGAGUACAAGCCGGCCAACCUGGCGCUGUGGCUCUCCAUGAUUGGGCUAUCCCAGUACUACAAGGUGCUGGUGGAGAAUGGCUACGAGAACAUCGACUUCAUCACUGACAUCACCUGGGAGGACCUGCAGGAGAUCGGCAUCACCAAGCUGGGCCACCAGAAGAAGCUGAUGCUGGCGGUGAAGAAGCUGGCAGAGCUGCAGCGGGCCGAGCUGGGCAAGUAUGAGCCGGGCACGCUGAAGAGGAAGGCGGCGGCAUGCCCGGAGGUGCUGGCCAUCGAGUCCCCGCCACCAGAACCACCCGAGUGCCAGUCACCCAAGAUGACAACGUUCCAGGACAGUGAGCUCAGCAGCGAGCUGCAGGUGGCCAUGACGGGCGAAGGCCCCGAGGAGGCGUCCGAGAAGCCAGCCAACCCCGCAGCCCCUGGCUACCGCUCGCCGCCAGGGCUGGGUGGCCGUGCCAGGCAGAUGAGCAGCUCGCAGGAGCUGCUGGGCGAUGGCCCCCGUGCCUCCGCCGCCACCGCCAUCUCCAAGAGCCAGGAGUACCUGGCAGAAGGGACCCCUGAGGGUCCCCCCGUGCCACCGACCAAGGAGCUCCGCCAGCCACGGCACGGCCACUCCGUCAAGCGUGCCAGUGUUCCGCCGGUGCCCGGCAAACCCCGGCAGCCUUUCCCGCCCACCGCCGGGCACCUGACACCACCGCAGACCCCCAGCAAGCCGCGUCCACCCUCCCCACAGGGCCCAUCGGCACCCCACGCCACCGCCAAGGUGAAGCCCACUCCGCAGCUGCUGCCGCCGGGUGAGCGCCCUGCGUCGCCCCGCUCCCUGCCCCAGUCGCCCACGCACCGUGGCUUUGCCUACGUCCUUCCGCAGCCCACCGAUGGCGAGGGGGCUCCCCCAGGAGUGCCGGUCCUGCCCGUCUCAGUGCCGGUGCUGUGCCUGCCGCCAGCAGGCGAGGGUGAAGAGGAGCCGGGGAGGCCGAAGAAGCGGGCACACAGCCUGAACCGCUAUGCCGCCUCCGACAGCGAGCAGGAACGGGACGAGCUGCUGGUGCCCGACGCAGGGCCUUAUGCCACCGUGCAGCGGCGCGUGGGGCGCAGCCACUCAGUGCGGGCACCUGCUGGCGGCGACAAGAAUGUCAACCGUAGCCAGUCCUUCGCCAUCCGCCCCAAGAAGAAGGGGCCCCCGCCGCCGCCACCCAAACGCUCCAGCUCUGCCAUCUCCAGUGCCGGCAUGGCUGAGGACUUCCCCAAGGACGGUGAAGGUGAGGCGGCCGCCGGAACCCCCAGCACUGAGGGGGAGAGCCGCCAGGAGCAGCGGCGUGCCAGCGAUCUGGGUGGCAGUGUGGACACGGGCAGCGCUGGCAGCGUGCGCAGCAUCGCAGCCAUGCUGGAGAUGUCCUCCAUUGGUGGUGGGGCGCGGGCGCUGGCCCUGCAGAAACCACCUGGGGCUGGUGUGCCUGGCAAGGGGCCCGAUGGGUACUACUUGCAGCCGGGAGCCCCCCCGGGCAGCCCCGAGCGUGCCCGUGUGGCCACCGUCCUGGCUACCGUCAAGCACAAGGAGGCUAUUGGGCUGGACGGGGAGGUGGUGAACCGGCGCCGGACCAUCAGCGGUCCCGUCACCGGGCUGGUGGCGGCCGCACGCCGCGAGCGUGCCGACAGCGUGCGCUCCGAGACAGGCGCUGAUGGCCCCGGCGAGCGUCUGCGGGCUGAGCGUGGUGGGUCUCCAGACACCAUCCCCUUUGCUGAGGAGGGCAACCUCACCAUCAAGCAGCGGCCACGCGCCCUGGGACCGGCCCGGGUGGAUGCAGGGGAAGGGCUGUCCCCAGCGCACCGCCAUGGGGACCUGGCCAAGGUGGAGGCCAGCGCCACACUCAAGCGGCGCAUCCGUGCCCGGCAGAGCCAGCAGGACAGCGUCCGCUUCAUCCUCACUGAGUCUGACACCGUCAAGCGCCGGCCCAAGGCCAAGGACAAGGAGCCGGCGCUGGAGCCGGCCCCUCUUGCCGUCUACCAGAAUGGCACCGGCACUGUCAAGCGGCGGCCGGCCUCGGAGCUGAGUGGGGCUGAGCCGCCCCCAACCCCGCCGCCUGCCACCCGCCCCGAUGGUCCUGACUUCACCCCGCCGCCCGCCGAGCCCAAGAAGCCCUUCAAGCCGCCGGUGUCCCCCAAGCCCGUGCUGACACAGCCAGCGCAGAAGGUCCCUGGGCCACCAGUGCCCAUCCCCAAAAAGAUGCCCAUCCCAAGCCCAGGCAGCCCAGAGGUGAAACGCGUCCACGGCACGCCACCCCCAGUAUCCCCCAAGCCCACACCACCCCCCACGGCCCCCAAGCCCCCCAAGCCCCACGCCGCCAUCCAGUCGGUGAGCGCGGGCUCCACGCCGACUCCGUCCCCCGCCCGGCAGCUGGGCGCUGCUGCCAAGCCCUCCAGCACGCCGCCCUCACUCUGCUCCAGCCCCGCCAAGCCCCUCUCGCCCGGCGCUCAGCCCCAGCAGGUGCCGGUGAAACCGCCACGUUCCGCUAUCGCCGGACCCUCUGUUGACAGCGCCAGCCCUGAGCUGGUGCAGCAGAAGCUGGAGGAGACCAGCGCAUCCCUGGCUGCCGCGCUGCAGGCUGUGGAGGAGAAGAUCAAGCAGGAGGACAGCCAGGCGGCAGACUCUGCUGCGGAGGCCAAGAGCACGGGCAGCAUCCUGGAUGACAUCGGCAGCAUGUUCGACGACCUGGCCGACCAGCUGGACGCCAUGCUGGAGUGAGGGGCGCGACGGCCCCGCGAACCUCAGGGCUUACGUGGGCACAAGGGCACAACGAUCCGCGACCUUCCGGCCCCACCGUCCCCUUUGUACAGCCGUCCCCUCCCGGACCUCCCAUCCCUCGGGGUUUGCACAAAGAAGAAGAUACCUCAGGAUUGUGCUCACGGACUCGGCGCCCGCCCGCCACGGCUCCGGCAGGACUCCCUUCUGCAGAAGCAAAAAAUACAAUAGAAGAAGCAAAGCAACACCACCCGGCCUGAAGCGCCCCGCUCGCACCAGAUCCGGGUUUGGGGUUUUCUCUCCCUCCCUGCGGUGGCCUCAUGGUUGCCCUGCCAGCCCCGGUCCCCGAAUGUAGCACAACCCGGCGCGGCACUGAUGGCGUUCAUCCACCCGUGCCCUCUUGUUCCGGUGGCGAGUCCGGAUGGGCGAUGCACUUAGGUUUCUUUCCUUUCAUUUUUCUUUUCAUUUUCACUUUUGGUCAUAUUUUUUCCUUCGUCGUUGGCGAGCAUUGGGCCGGGCACGGUGCUGGGUACCCCUACAGCACCCGGACCCUCGUGCCCGCAGCUGCCCAGCCCCGCGCUGCUGCUGUGGGCUCUUCACAUCGGGGUGGGAAAGGGGCUUUUUGUCGGUACCAUUGCAAAUGGGUGAGCUCCUGCUUGGGGCAGGCGGGGGAGCAGUGGGUCGUGCCCCUGGCCGGGCCCUCGCCGCCGAGGGAGAGGACGUCAUAAGCUAUAAAGAAGUAUUAAUUUAUUGGAGGGGAAAAACGACGGAGAGAUAUAAAGCAGAUUUCCCCCAUCCCCAAAAUAAUAAUAAUAAUAAAAAAGAAUAAACUUUAACAAAUAUAUAUUUAAAAGAUUUAAAAAAAAAAAUAUUAGCAAUUAUAUAUAAAGCCGUUUAAAAAAGAAAAAAAUCAAGAGAGAACUGGAUUUUAGCUUGAGAAAAACUAUUAGAUUAUACUAAGCUGUGUGUCUUGUGGCAAACUCAUUCUCCGAGUAGCACAAUAUUUACCUUGACCUGGGUGGAAGGUACGUGCAAGCCGUUCUGUUCGGGUUUUCCGUUGGGUUUCAGUGUGCCGUCUUUCUUUCUACACCGUUAAGAACUCAAAGGAUGUGCCUUGUUUUAUGGAGGUUUUUGUUAACUCUUCUACCGGAGGCGUUGCAUUUCUUUCGGAGUGUCUUCAGGUUUUUCAUUGGACUUUCUUUUUUUCGGCAUUUGUUUUGUGUGUGUGUGUGUGUGUGUGUGUGUGUGUGUGUGUGUGUGUGUGCGCACGCGGUGUGUGCGUGCGUCCCGGCGCACGGCUGUACAUUCAUGUAUAAACAGGAGUCUGGUUCAGUCGCUUGAGUUCUGACGAAUGCAUUUUUUUUUUUUGCUUGUGGUUCCCAACCCAAGUGUUGCUGUUACCUCUCUCUGCCCGAGCCGCUCAGGCUGGGCUCGCCCUCCCCUCCCCGCCUCCUUCCCCUCCCGUUGUGGUCGCUGAUCCAGAUGUGUUUGGCACAACUUUGAAAUUUCUUUACAAAAAAAAAAAA